AUUUGUUAUUUUAAAAACAUGUAAAAUUGAUCAUUCGGUAAAAUAAACGUGGAAACGGUAAAUACAAACUGAAGAACCGCCUGGAACUAAAUACAUGAAUGAAGUAAGCGGAAACAAUUGCGAAAAUUCCAAGGUCCAUAAAAUGCGAACCUUGCACCUCAAUCCGGAACCGAACUAACCUUCGAUUACACGAUCUUAGCAUGUCACUAGUUGCCUGUUUUAGGCAAAAACGGCUUUACGAAAUGUCAUAUGCAAAUUAGGAAAGGCUACAGCUAACGGUUCUUUACUUCGAGCAUUCCUUACAUUUUUACUGAAAAGCCUCUCGAACAUGAGCACUCAUCACCUGUCUACUGGCUCCACUGCCCCACCCUUAACACCUGGCAAAUUACGAUUUUAUAGCAUGAGGUUUUGUCCUUAUGCGCAGAGAAUUCAUCUCGUACUAGACAUUAAAAAUAUACCAUAUGAAGUUGUUUACAUCAACCUGACACAUAAACCGGAAUGGUUAUUAGAGAAGAACUCAUUGGGGAAAGUUCCUUGCAUAGAGCUUGAAAAUGGAGAGACACUCUACGAAAGUCUUGUCAUAGCUGACUAUUUAGACGAAGCUUACCCUCAGAGGCCUCUAUACCCAAAAAAUCCAUUGCAAAAAGCAAAGGACAGACUCUUAAUAGAAAGGUUCGGUUCGGUCAUUACAUCCAUGUACAAGUUAUACCGCAGUAUAGCCAUCGAACGAGAUGCUUUUGAAGAAGCUCUAACAGGUCUGGAGAUCUACGACAGAGAACUUGCGAAAAGAGGUACUCCCUUCUUUGGAGGUAGUAAGCCCGGAAUGCUCGACUUAAUGAUCUGGCCCUGGUGUGAGAGAGCUGACGUUAUAAGGAUUUUAAGCGGUGACCAGUACAUCAUACCACGAGACCGCUUCCUCAGAUUGCUGGAAUGGAGAUCUGCGAUGAAAGAAGAUCCUAGCAUUAAAAAGAGUUACCUCGAGCCAGAGAUACACACAAAAUACAUCAAAAGUCGCCUUGCUGGAUCACCUCAGUACGAUAUGCUAAUCGAAGCCUAAAUCAUUGCCCAAGUGCUCCAUAUUCUUUCUAACCUACGCUUGACUACGAUACAUUACUGCACUUAUUUGUUAAAUAUGUUGUUACAACACUUAAAAAAUGUAAUUUCAUUACAAAUAAUAUCCACUUUAUAAAA